GGAUCAAUCACUCUCCUUCACCACCCACGACCUCACCUCUCCACCGACACAUACCGCCAAUACCACCGUCAACAUGGGAGGAGUUUCCGUCAGAGAUGUCCCUUCGGACAAGUUCAUCGCCGCCUACGCCGCCUUCUUGAAGCGUCAGGGAAAGCUCCCAAUUCCAGGUUGGUCCGACACUGUCAAGUUGUCCCACGCCAAGGAGCUCCCACCACAGAGCCAGGACUGGUUCUACAUCCGCGCAGCCUCCGUUGCCCGCCACGUCUACGUCCGCAAGACCGUCGGUGUCGGCCGUCUCCGCAAGGCCCACGGUGGCACCAAGAACCGCGGUUCGCGUCCAUCUCACCACGUCGAUGCCUCCGGUGCCGUCGACCGCAAGAUCUUCCAGGCCCUCGAGAAGAUCGGUGUCCUCGAGACCGAUGAGGAGAAGGGUGGCCGCCGCAUCACUCAGUCCGGCCAGCGUGAUUUGGACCGUAUCGCCCAGACCACUCUUGAGGCUGAGGAGGAGGAUGAGGACGACGAGUAAAUGCGAAGUUCGAAAGGAUAAGCGUUUGAUCAAAAAUGGCUGGCACAUCUGAUGUGUUGCUGGUCGGGUUGACAAGACUGGGGAGGAAGUUCGAGGUGUAGCAUCGAGUUGGGCGUUCGGGCAUGACAGGUCGUCGUUUUC